AAUACGCCACUUUAAAGUGCAGUGUCAUCAGUGCGCAGUGUAACGAAAAAUUAACCGCCUGCCAAGGUUUAAUAUAUUUAUCAAAACAAAACACAUUUAUUUAAAAGAACCAAGUAUGUCGGGAGGAGCACUUUUUGGAAAUAAUGCAUCACGCGGUACUUCGAAAAAUUUGGUGGAAUUCAAAGCAGGGAAAAUGACCAUGAAAGAGAAAAUGGUUUAUCCAGACACACGUAAAGGCCAGCUGUACGUUUAUCAAUCUGACGAUUCAUUGAUGCAUUUCUGUUGGAAAGAUCGUACGACAGGAUUUGUUGAAGAUGACUUAAUUAUUUUUCCUGAUGAUUGUGAAUUUAAACACGUUCCUCAAUGCAAAACUGGAAGGGUAUAUCUUUUAAGAUUUAAGUCAUCUAACAAAAAGUUUUUUGUUUGGCUUCAGGAUCUUAAGACAGAUAAAGAUGAGGAAUAUUGUAGAAAAAUUAAUGAAGUUCUUAAUAAUCCACCAACUCCUGGGUCACAAAGAAGUGGCAAUGCAAACCCAGAGAGGGAUUUUCAAAAUAUAUUAAAUAAUAUGUCCCAACAGCAACUAAUGCAGCUGUUUGGUGGAGUAGGUCAAAUUGGUGGUCUAGGUAGUUUACUGGGUACAAUGAAUAGACCUCAUAGUGGACAGACCACGAACAGUACUUCUGCAACAACUAGAUCUGCUCGAGCUCUUACACACCCUCGACUUACUGCAUCUCACUUUAAUGUUCCAAAUCAUCGACACCUGCAGCAUCCUCGCAUUACUAUAAAUCCUGUUGGACCUACGCCACAAACAGUGUCCUUACCAGCAUCUGCUAAUGAUACUCCGAAACCUAAUGGAGAUAAUAAGCAAUCAACAACAACACCAGCUCCAUCAACACCUGGAGCAACAACAAGUACGAACAACAAAAUACGACUUAGUGAUCUACAAACCUUUCUAUCAAAAAUUCCAACAUCAACAGAAACAGAAUCUGUAGUUCAGAGGGGCGUAGCAACUGAGCUGACCAAUGCCAUCCCUGCGGCGAUCUCUGCAUCGGAAAGCUUGGAGCGUGCAAUGAGCCCGCACUUGCCACCAGGGGACCACCUGUGUACCACGCUAUUGUCUCCCCAGUUCUCCCAGGCGCUAUCAAUGUUCUGGUCUGCUUUGCAGUCAGGCCAGGCGGGACCCGUCAUCCGUCAAUUUGGCUUGGGACCGGAUGCCGUUGAUGCCGCUACCAGUGGAAACAUUGAAGAGUUCGUCACUGCUCUUGAAUCUGAAGCUCAGACUGGUCAAGAACAAACACAACAAGGGCAAGAGGACAAUAAUACGAAACAAGCUUCGCCGACAUCUAGUCCCGAUAAGAAAGAUGACGACGAAGGAAUGGCUUUAGAUUAAGAACAAAAUUUAAUGCAUCUGAUUUCAUCUAUAUUUUCAUUUAGAAGUUGUGGCGCUCUCCAACUGAAAAACGAUCGCUCUAUGUGGCAACGCCGUAUAGCAACAGUUGAUCGCUGUGAUGAGAAGCACCAAUAAUGAGUAAAACCAGGACCGCAAUGGUAAUUUAUGCACCCUAAAACGAUGCCCACUGAUGGAGGGAAUAUGAAUGAGACCAAAUGUGACAUUUAUAACAAAAAUGUACUUAACACGCAUUAUUUAUAAUAAAUGUUACAGUGAUAUCUCAA